ACUUUUCUUGAGCACAUUGCUCUAGUACAAUUUUCACAACAUUGCAAGAAUUUUAACACGUUUAAGUUUUAAAUAUUUAUAACAUUUUAUCUGGCUACAGAGCUUUUAUCCAUAGAAGUUUGUUUUCAAUGUCAUAUAUGGGGCUGAACAUUUUAAAAGGAUUUAUUUAAUUUGCAGUUUCAUGUAAAGGGCAAGUAAUUUUAUCACUUCAUUGUCAAAAGCCAAAAGAAGAAGAUUGUCAUAUUGUUCCUAAUGACUAAACUUGUCUAAAGUCAGGUGACGCAAAACAGAUUAAAAAGAACACUGAUGCAAAUUCUGAAGUAGCAUCUUUGAAACUGUUACUGUCAAAUGCCUUCCGGAAGUAAGAAUCUAGUCCCACAAAAUUUUAUUUUAAUUAAACCUUUGCCAAUUCUUCCUCAGAAAGGAUUGAAGAUUCAGGCCCGGAGUGCAGCUGUGUAUAAUCCCUGUGAACCUCCAAGAGAACUUGUUUUUUGGGAGAACUACAGGAGAAGGCAACUACAGCUUACCCAACAGGGGUAUAAAGCAGUAAGCUGGAGGCCUUACCAAGAACUUGGACAUCCUCUGUAUUUGGAGCCCACAAAACUCAUUCUUCAUUCGCUAGGACAGCUUGAGCAGGCAGCAAGUGAUGAGAGGUACAGCCCUCCAGAGGAAGCAGACAACGAUGUCAAAAUACCUGGCUUGUUACAAGACAGCCAUAAAACACAUUUCAGACAAGUGACUUUGAAUCACAGACCGAAGGAGCUAGAAAGUCUUAAUAAAAACCUUUUUCAUACCAGACAGCUGGUGAGAUCUGUGAAACUGGGGCACAGUUACUUCCAUCUCCUUAAAAGAGAGGAGCAGGAGAAACAGGACAGAUUGUUGGCUGAAGAGAAGGCAGCAGCUGAGAAACGAAAAAAUGAUCUUCAACCACCGGUGUACUCAUCUGAUGAUGAUAAUGAUGAUGGGACAGAAAGCCAGGAAAAUUCCUUCAAACCAAAUGCAAAGUUACCAGGAACUAAAAGGAAGUCUUCAAAUGAGACUGGCCCACUCCGACCAUUCACUCCACGCCAUGUCAAUCUGGCAGCAUCAGAACCAAAGGAAGCAGCUUUACAGCCCCUUUUCCGACAGCUAUGUGCUCUCCACUGGCUAUUAGAGACUUUAACAACUGAGUAUUCAAAUUCAUUUGGAGCAGUAGCUACCUGCUGGGAUGUAAAAGAUCCAGGUGGCAGCAGGAGUCUUAUGAAGAGGUCCAUUAAAAACAAACUGACCGAAACAAAGUGGGAACAGUUCAUCACUCAGGCAAAAUUACAGCCAAGAAAACCAGUUUACAAUAUUGCCCGUCGUCAGCAGUCAGUUGUUUUAAGGAGGACUUCCUCUGUAAGUAUCUCCAAAAUGAGUGUUACAUCAGGGAAUUUACAGACUUCUGCUACAGGAAGCAUGUCUUCAUUAAUUCAGAUCUCAGAUGACAUGGGUUUGGGAUCCUCUCUUCUGAAUUCCGAGACAGCUAUUGAAGGGGAAGACGCUGAAUCCAUGAAUAUUAGUAACAACAAACAGAAGAAAGACGAAGAGGGACCAAUGUCAAAUUAUCUGCAGAAGCUUUUGGAGACUGUCCAUGAGAGAAUUGCCAGAGAUUCCACUCAUGAAGACACAGCAUCACAAUGUACUACUGGGUCUCAAAGUGUUACUGGAACUACCGGAAAAGAAAACAUCCACUACUUGGCCAUAAACAGCCCUGAUAAAGGUACCAACACAAAUAUUUCACCACGGAGGCCCAUCAGUUGCCCUCCAAGCAACAAGUCAGAAGUCAGUCAGUUUGUUUGCAGUAAAACUUCCUUAUCUGCUGAUAUGAGAGGGAAGUUCUCAGAGGUCAUGAAAGAGGCAAGUCUGUAUCUGCAUGAGAGCCUGGAACACCUGGACAGAAAACGAUGGGAAAAUAGUACCCAUAAGUUCCGCACAUUAGAGAACAUUGGUGAAUUUAGAAAAGACUUUGACAAAAUAAAAAAAACAUCCCAUGUUAACGAGGUUCAUGAAAACAAAGUACAGAAGACUGAACAGAAGACUGAAGAUAACUGGUAUGCCACACUUCUGUCUAGUUUACCCAAGUCUGUAAAAGAAAAUCAUAACAUACAGAGAAUAUUGGAGAAACUAGCAAGGAUUUGUGACCGAGGGAGUAUAAGGAUCCGACAAACUCACUUCCUUAAAGUACUGGGAGGGUUACGAAUCUGGGAAUUAUGCUCUCCAGAAAUGUCUGCAGCCACUGAGUUCAUAAGAGAAAAAAUAAUUAAAAUGCCAGAAGACGAUUAUAAUGAAUGGCUGCAAUCCAAAGUAGGCGAUGUUUAUAGAACACAGAGUGCUCCUCCCAUGAGGUGAUCGACUGAAGAAUUACAAAUGUUUGUACCACGUCAGAGCUCACUGAUGUCAUCUAACUCACCAUAUAGUAUGACCACAUUGCUGCUCAGUACCAAUACAGUGACAGAACAACAAAUUAGAACAGACCUUCACUCAUCUGUGCCACUCGCCAACCCACCAAGCUUGAUGACAUUAGUUUUACAUCAAAUGAAUGUAAAGCAAUUGUUCAACAUAAUGUUGCAUCAAAUGUUGUUUUAUAGUCUGGUUAACCAAAAAAUUUUGUGAAGGUAUUAAUUUAACCAUCAAUGUUGUGCAGAUUUCAAUUUAAUUGUCUAGGAAAUUCUUCCUUUGUUUUGUCACUCAGGUAACUGCAAAUCUUAAAUAUCUACAAUCAUUAUUUACAGAAUUGAUUUAAAACUGAGGUAACAGAUGUAAAAUUAAUGAAUAUUAUAAUGGAGCUACCAUUGCAUGAACAAAAGUUUAAGGUAACAAUAUUAGAAAAAGUGCAUUGAAAUGGCACAAAUACUCAGUGCUAAUGGUCAAACUGAUUCACUAAAAGUACAGAAAUGAACAGCUAGGGGAAUCUUUGCUUCUUGUACCAUUGUAUGGGUGCUAUGUCACCAUAAUUUAUUUUAAUAACUAUGGAAAUCAGAUGCAUUUUAGGACCCCAUGGCUGGAGCAGAAAGAAAGAAAGAAAGAAAAUAUCUGUUAAGAAGGAAGGAAGGAAGGAAAGAAAGAAAAACAAAUAUCUAUUAAGAAGGAAGAAAGGAAGAAAAGAAAAAAUAUCUAUUAA